AGACGUUCCGGGGGAUCUUCAAAGAUCUUGUUUACAGAAAGCAGAGAGCCUCUAGUUCGGCGGUGUUGCAUGCGAGGGGUCUGCACGGUCACGGUGAACACAUAGGCUACUACACCGCUGGGAUAACGGAAUUCCUACCAGAGACACCCGCGCACGACAGUUUUUGUUCGAUGUUACAGCUUUGAACUACUUAUGCGAUGUUGUUAUAGUGACUGCAAAUGACAUUGCCGCAUUUAUUUUAUUUUUUAAAAUAAUUUACCGCGGAUAGUUUCGGUGAGGGCAGGUGUUGGGAAUAAGGCGAGGUUUUUGAAUUGUAUCUCUUCUGAAUCAUUUUGUGGACGGCGUGGACCAAAGGCACGGGACGAGAUGGAUACGGAAAAGUACUUACCGGAGCUGAUGGCGGAGAAGGACAAACUGGACCCCACGUUUCAUCACUCUCUACGAUUACUAGAUCAAGAAAUUGAAAAAUUACAAAAAGAUGAAGGAAAAGAAGAAAAAGAAGAGGAGAAGUUCAUUGAUGUCGUCAUCAACAAGAACAUGAAACUGGGCCAGAAAGUGUUAAUACCCGUCAGACAGUUUCCCAAAUUUAACUUUGUGGGCAAACUGCUGGGUCCACGCGGGAACUCACUAAAGAGACUGCAGGAAGACACGCUCACUAAGAUGUCCAUUCUGGGGAAAGGAUCAAUGAGAGACAAAGAGAAGGAGGAAGAGCUACGGAAGAGUGGAGAGGCCAAAUAUCAGCACCUGAACGAGGACCUCCAUGUCCUCAUAGAAGUGUUCGCUCCCCCUGCAGAGGCCUACAACAGGAUGGGUCACGCACUGGAGGAGAUCAAGAAGUUCCUCAUACCUGAUUACAAUGAUGAGAUCCGACAGGCGCAGCUGCAGGAGCUGACGUACCUGAAUGGUGGCUCAGAGGAUGCCAAGGUGCCAGCGGUGAGGGGCAAGCUGCCUGCAGCACGGGGUAGAGGGACACCUACCCCAGGACCCAUCAGGAGUCGAGGAGGUGUGCCCCCUCCCCACGCAGCUGUCCCCCGUGGAGCAGCACCGAGAGGGGCACCCCCUAGCCGGGUACCAUCCGCCCGAGGGAGGGGUGUGCCAGCACAAAGAACACGAGGGGCUCCCCCGCGGAGACCACCGCCUCCCGUAGUACAAGACACAUAUGGGGAAUAUGAAUAUGAUGAUGGAUACGGGACAGCUUACGAUGACCAGGGUUAUGACUCCUACGACACUAGUUACAGCAAUCAAGGACAGAACUCAGACCAUUAUUAUGAGUACGGACAGGAUAACGGUGAGGAAUCAUAUGAGUCAUACGCAGGUCAGGAGGACUGGACAACUAAUCGUGGCAAGGCGCCAGCUGCACGGACGACCAAGGGAGUGUACAGAGAGACGCCCUACUCCAGAUAUUGAACUGAUUAUACAACAACCUGCACAAUCCCUCAUGGAUGUGUCAUCAAGUAAUGGAUUUUAUACGGACGCUCCCUUCUUUUUAGAAUAAAAACACAAACAAAACCAAACAAUAACACAGAGGAAAUGAUGCAGGUAAAGACCUUGAAAUCAAUCGUAAACAUGUGUUUAAAAAACGGAAGACCCUGGUAUGAUGUCAAGACUGUUUCCACCGGGAAUAAUGUGUAUAAAUUAGGUCAUCUACCCACUCCUAAACAAGUAGAUAUCUAAAUAUUCUCGACCGGGUUAUAGAGUGAUUGGUCAUUGGUAAUAUAUUAGUGAUUUAGUUGUAGAGAGGUGAAGUAUUGUAGAUAUUUUUGCCUGUCCCUUGCAAAUGAAACCUUUCCAAUCAGAAAAGAUCCUGAAAUAAAUAUUGUUGUUUUAUCUCCUUUUGUAAAUGAUAGUUCUUUAAUGUUAAAGGGCUUAUAAAAGCAUGGCGUGGAAUCAUUGUGGAUAGUGUCAACUGUUUUAUUCCUGUCUUAAAACUUGUAGAUGUGUGUGCUUCUGUUUCAUUUCCCGUGUUUAAUCAAUCUUCAAUCUCAGCUCAUACUCUUCUUUUUUUUGUGUGUAAAAACCCUCAGUAAGAAAAAAAUUAUCAAGAGCUGCAAGACAUUUUAGGUAAAGCUCUUAAUAAUUAAUUCCAAUGCAUAUAUUUUUGGGGGGGGCUUUAAUACCUGAAAUGCUUUUAGACAUUGUAUAAAUCAGGUUCUUGAGACAUUAACAGAAAUAGUAUAUUAGCAUAUUAACCUUAUCCGCUUAUGUAGGCCCUUUACAUUGUUCUUCUUGGUUGAUGCUCAAUAAACUUUUGGAAAUAUAGAAGUUUGUGUUCCAGAGCGUAAUUCUGUAUUUGCAUAAAUAGAAAAACACAAUAAUCUAAACUAACAAAACUAACAUUGCAAGGAAUGAUGUUGACGAUAAUAUUGAAACUUUAAUACAGGUUCUUAAAUUCCGUUCUUAAAUUCCAUAAUGUACACUACCGUUCAAAAGUUUGGGAUCACUUAGAAAUGUCCUUGUUUUGGAAUGAAAAGCAAAUUGUUUGUCUAUUAAAAUAACAUCAAAUUGGUCAGAAAUGGAGUGUAGACAUUGUUAACGUUGUAACUGACUAUCAUAGCUGGAAAUGGCAGAUUUUUUAAAUGGAAUAUCUACAUAGGCGUACAGAGGCCCAUUAUCAGCAACCAUCACUCCUGUGUUCCAAUGGCACGUUGUGUUAGCAAAUCCAAGUUUAUCAUUUUAAAAGGCUAAUUGUGAAUAGGCGACUCCAGUGAACGUCAACAGUGAAGAGGCGACUCCGGGAUGCUGGCCUUCUAGGCAGAGUUCCUCUGUCCAGUGUCUGUGUUCUUUCGCACAUCUUAAUAUUUUCUUUUUUGGCCAGUCUGAGAUAUGGCUUUUUCUUUGGAACUCGAAGGCCCUGGAAGGCCCUCAUCACCUGAGUCGGCUCUUUACUGUUGACGUUGAGACUGGUGUUUUGAGGUUACUAUUUAAUGAAGCUGCCAGUUGAGGACUUGUGAGGCGUCUCAGUUGUGCACCGGGGCCUCCCACUACUCUUUCUAUUCUUGUUAGAGCCUGUUUGCACUGUUCUGUGACGGGAGUGGUACACAGCGUUGUACAAAAUCUUCAGUUUCUUGGCAAUUUCUUGCAUGGAAUAGACUUUAUUUCUCAGAACAAGAAUAGACUGACGAGUACUUUGUUUUUAGUCAUUUUGAGCCUUUAAUCGAACCCACAAAUGCUGAUGCGCCAGAAUUCCAACUUGUCUAAAGAAGGCCCGUUUUAUUGCUUCUUUAAUGAGAACAACAGUUUUCAGCUGUGCUAACAAAUAUCAAUGAGCUUUUUAAAUGAUAAACUUGGAUUAGCUAACACAACGUGCCAUUGAAACACAGGAGUGAUGGUUGCUGAUAAUGGGCCUCUGUACGCCUAUGUAGAUAUUCCAUAGAAAAAUAUGCCAUUUCCAGCUACAAUAGUCAUUUAUAACAUUAACAAUGUCUACACUGUAUUUCUGAUCAAUUUGAUGUUAGUCUAAUGGACAAAAAAAUCAAAAAUAAUAAAAAACAAGGACAUUUCUAAGUGACCCCAAACUUUUCAACGGUAGUGUAUAUUGAGACUCUUGAGAGAUAUCAUAUUGAUCAAGAAUUAGCUUCUGAAUAAUAUUAUAACAUGUACAACAACAUAAAAGUGAACAUUAUUUUAACACAAAAAUAUAUUUAAAAACUGAAUUCAUGUAACAAAACAACACCAUUUUGUAAGAACUGUGUUGUAUGUAUAUUGCCUAUUUGUAUAUUGCAAUUCAGCUAAUGUUUUGUAGGUAAUGAUUUCGAUACAAUGUCAAUCACAGAUUUAAGUCUCUGAUGUGUGUUUUUCAUAUGUAAUAUCUUAAUAAAACGGAUUACAAUA